AGAAAGCAACGACGUGAACGAACAACAUUUACACGAAUACAAUUGGAAGUUCUGGAGAAUUAUUUUUCCAAAACUCGCUAUCCGGAUAUAUUUAUUCGUGAGGAAAUUUCAUUGAAAAUUCAAUUACCCGAAUCACGCGUUCAAGUAUGGUUUAAAAAUCGACGUGCUAAAGCUCGACAACAAAAGAAAGCAACAAAACAUGAAGUUGCAUUACAUGUCGUUCCGGCAUGCAGUAAUGAUGGUAGCUCAUCCAGUAAAACCACUUCCGGCGAUAUUCGGAAUACCAAUGCUUGUAAUGUUGAGAUAAAAACGGAAAGAAAUGAAACAGGCGGAUCAGAACAAAGGACGCCACCAAUAGAGAUUGAUUCAUCCAAAUUAACCGUUUUACCACCACCGUAUUUUGGUACCAUAUCACCAUCAACAGCUUACACAUCUCAAGCAACAUUCCCACAAGGAUAUGGCUACGGUGGUUAUCAAGCGGCUGUUCCAACACCAAUGGAAUAUUUCCAAUAUCCGACAAGUGCUGCAACAUAUGCUGCAGCUACCGAUCCAUGGAAAUUCAUGAACCAGUGA